ACAACUGUCCACCUUAAAAAAAAGUUGCUCAUGCUGUGGUUUGACUGGCGCUGAAAUAUUAAUAUGAUCAAUUAAACGCGUUAUUAUUAAUUAUUAUUCACCUAACUAAUAAUUACAACUCAACACAUUAGUAUCGUAAGUAGAGUCUUAAAGUGCAGAGCAGCGAAGAAGAAGAGAGAUGUAUGCUAUCAUGUUAGCAUGUGUUAGCCUGUGAAGCCAUACUGUUAGAUGGUAACGUUAUCUUCAUACUGGUAAAUUAACUAAAGUUGUUUUUUUAAUACUCGUUUCUGGAUUAACGUCCACUAUAAAUGGAUGAGCACAAGGAGAACAUUCACACCAAGGACGUCAACGGGAAGAUGUCUAACACAAAAGAGGAUGAAAAGACAGAGCCCUGCAGUAGGAUCUGUCCCGAGGGAGAGUCUGCUCCUCAGGUGUCCCCGUCUCAGUCCAGCAGCGACUUCAGCCACCCGGUGUACAAAGAGAUCUCUCUGGCUAACGGACACAUCAACCGCAUGACCAAGGACGAGCUGCGGAUAAAGUUAGAAGCGCUGCAGCUGGACACAAGAGGGGUGAAGGACGUGAUGAAGAAGAGGUUGAAGAGCCACUAUAAGAAGCAGAAGCUGAUGCAGUCUUCCACCGAGAGCAGCCCCACCGACACCUACUACGACUACAUCUGCGUGGUGGACUUUGAAGCAACGUGUGAAGAGGAUAAUCCCUCAGAUUUCCAUCAUGAAAUCAUUGAGUUCCCCAUGGUUCUUAUCAACACGCACACCUUGGAAAUCGUGGACUCCUUUCAGGAAUAUGUGAAGCCAGAGUUGAACCUACAGCUUUCAGACUUUUGUGUGAAGCUAACAGGAAUCACACAGAAAAUGGUGGAAGAAGCAGACGUGUUUCCUGCCGUUCUUCAGCGGGUCGUCGACUGGCUUCAGGAGAGGGAGCUCGGGACAAAGUACAAGUACGCCAUCCUGACCGACGGGGCCUGGGACAUGAGCAAGUUCCUCAACAUCCAGUGUCGGCUCAGCAAGAUCCGAUAUCCUCAGUUUGCAAAGAAGUGGAUAAACAUCAGGAAAUCAUACGGGAACUUCUACAAGGUCCCGCGCACGCAGACGAAGCUCAGCACCAUGCUGGAGAAGCUGGGUCUGAAGUACGAGGGCCGCCCUCACUCCGGGCUGGACGACUCCAAGAACAUCGCCCGGAUCGCCCUGCGCAUGCUGCAGGACGGCUGCGAGCUGCGUGUCAACGAGCGCAUCCACGCCGGGCAGCUGCUCUCCGUCCCCAGCUCGGCCCCGGUGGAGGGGGCCCCGGCUCCACACAGCCCCCGCAGCAGGGACUAGACCCCCACGUUUUUACCCCUAAAAGCUAAAGGAAAAUAGAUCCAAAGCACUUUUACAGCCCCUAUGUGAAGUUGUUCAUGUUCUGGAGCGUCAUAGCUGUAGUCGGUAAAAGGUAUAGAGGGGGUUUUGAUUAAAGAUUCAGAUGUGAGGGUCCCUCUCAACCACAACUCCGUAUAUUUUUACACCAGAUGUUUAAAAACAGAGAUCAUUCCAGCGUGUUGUGGGAGGAUUUGUCACCCUGCCUUGUUAAGCUGCUAAAAUUCAUCAGAUAAUUUGAACAAAAAAAGCUACGUUUCACCUUGUUGUGCAUUUUUUGAUGUCAGAUUUUGCUUUCAACAAUAGAGUGGUGCAGGGAUGACUUAUUUUCGUAGAACAAACCACAAGUUAGCAUCGCUCCCUCAACAACACUCAUAGGGUUUUUUCCAUUGGAUCUCGGAUUAUUGCAGUAAAUUAGCUCUGUCGCUAACGCCGGCUAAUUUCUUGCGUAAUCACGUUCAUCAGGUCAGUCGUCUCAUGUAGCCACUUGUUAGCAACUGCUGUUUUUUUUAGACGCAUAGACGCUUCAUAUGUUCACCAGUGGUUAUUUACCGACAUGCUUUAUGGUGUAGAGCUUAUUUCAUGCUUCUAAAGCAGUUGAGACGAGGGAAUCUGAAAUGCUAACUCAUUUCUGGGUUUUAGGACUCCUGCAUCACUCUAUUCAACUCUUAAAAUACAUUGAAUGAUUAUCAUUCUUUGGGCAGUAAAACCAAUAAAUAUCAAUUUCGACGUUGGCCUUUAAACCGCAUAGGUAAAACCAUUGUGCAAAUAUGAUAAACCUAAAAACCCACAUGAAUAUUGCUGCUGCUAUUGCUGUGCUACAUGAUAACAGAGCCAUAAGAUCACACUGUUAAGUAAUUACAAUAUUUUCUUUAACAUACAGCACAGGUGUUAGUUUGACUACAGAAGUGUAAGUGUUCUCUGUUGCCAGUACUGUAUGAGUUGAGCCUGUGUUUUAGGACUAAUCUUUUGUUAUAUGGAAUUAACUUCACAGAAGAUGCUUUAUUUUAGGAAAAACUGUUCUUCUGAAUGCCAAAUAAUGCAAAUAAAAUGUUUCUCUGUUAUUGUAAA